AUGGGCACCUUACCGUCAGAAGUGGGGAAUUUGUCCUCCCUUGUUGAACUUGACCUUCAUAAUAACAGCUUUCAUGGUGAGUUACCGAAGGAGCUGCUGCAGCUACACAAGAUGAAAAUUCUCAACCUUAGCUAUAAUGACUUUGAUGGGAAAAUUCCAGCUUGGAUUGGAAGUUUAUUUGCUCUUCAACACCUAAUCUUUCGAUAUAAUAGUUUUCAGGGUGUUAUUCCUCCAAGCGUAUCAAAUUUGUCAAAAUUAGAGACCUUGGAUUGCGCUAAGAAUUUCAUCCAUGGAUCUAUUCUACUUGAGAUCGAAAGGCUUCAACAUUUAAAGAUUUUACGUAUAGCAUGGAACAAUCUUUCAGGAAAUAUACCUCCAACUAUUUCUGGCUUAUCCUCACUUAAGCUGAUGUCUUUGUCAUUCAACUACUUAAAAGGAGAUAUUCCCAAAACUAUUGGUGCUCUCACAAACAUGAAAGUUAUAUACCUAGAGGUUAACAAGUUGUCUGGCCAAAAACCAAGAAGUAUUGGAAACUUGACUAUGCUUCAGGAAUUAUAUCUCAAUGACAAUAGAAGGUAUUUCAUUGGUUCUAUCAGCAAGGCCGUGUGUAAAACUAGUCCAUUAAGGCUGUCAUCUUAUGCCUAA